AUGAUUACUGCGAUUGCCUUGAUCGCGAUAGUUGCAAUACACACGGCAAAUUGUAUCGUUUGUACAGAACAUCCUGAAGGAUGCCUUCAAAUCAGAGAAACAGCUAGAAUAACGGCGAUAAAGGAAUUCAGCGAUUUUGAGGCUCACAUUCUGGAAGCGUUACAUAUGCAGAAUUAUAAUGACACCGUUCGGGCGCCUGGCGUUGUAAAUGCUGAAUUUGACGUGAUAAUGCGGAAGUUGGAGAGAAAAGAACGUCAAGACGAGCUGAAAGGUAAUGCAGAGAGAGUAUUCGUGCUCGCUGUCGAUCCCUCCAAUUUAAUGAUUCCUGCCAAACUGGUUGCGCACUUUCCGGUAUCAAAUCAGACUAAGGGACGAAGAAUUUUGAAGGUCGGAGUAGAAAUCGCUGCAAAAACUGUACAAUUAAAGAAAUCCCGCAGAAUUUCAAUUGAACUAAGGCCGGAGAAUUUACAUCGGUGGUGGAAUGAAAAUGCUGUAGAGGGCGUAACAGUAGAAGCCAUCCUUAAUGGCGAGAAUAUUGCUGUGCAUCCGCAGAACAUGAGACGAUCAACUGAGAACAUGUUCCUCAGCCUUCACCUUCGUCCCAUAUUCCCUACAAGGUCACGACGGCAAGUUUUACCGGUCUGUACUAGGUCUAUGAACGAAACUGGAUGUUGUCUCUACGACCUUCUCUUACGAACCUCUGACAAUCGUCUACCUCAACCAAGAGAAUCAAAUGACUGUGGUCAAAAUGGACGGAAUGGUCGCUAG